UUACCUUGUCAAAUAGGAGAAAGUAUAUUACAUAAUAUCGCUUAAUGCCACAUUACCCAUCCCCACACUCGCUUAAACGCAUACGUAAAACUCACCACUCCGCCAAAGCUUCGGAGAAUAUCGAUUCGCUAUCAAAAUCUCGAAAAUUUCCAGAGCCUCAAUCAAACUCCCAACGAAUCUGAGCCCACGAUGAUCCGGCACCCGCUUCAAUCGGUUGCCGGCCGCGCGAGGCCAGACCUGAAUCGGGUCGCAGACGGCAUCGCGGCCUCGCUGCGGCAAUUCUCCAUCUCUGCGCGGCGGUGCGCGGCAGAUCAGAACGGAAACGACGGCAUCAACGACGAUCCCCGCCAGCUCACCGGCCGCCAGCGCGCCGCCGCCGCGGUCCAAGAGCUCAUCGCGACGGCCGAGGCCGCCGUGGACGAAACCCGGAACCGCGGACCGCGGCAGUUCAGCAGCGCCCCCAAUCACCUCCAAUCCGACAAACCGCCGGCUUUUUCGAGAGCCCAGGGACAGACACAAGGGCAAGCGCAAGCACAAGCACAAGGACCGGCUAUUAUUACCACGCCGCAAGGCUUCAAGGGCGUCCAGCGCGUCGUCUUUGGCGGCAAUGGCGGCGACGUGCCCGUGAGGUCUUCUAACGGCCCGAAUAUCAUCCGAGGCGGGUUCCGCGGCCGCGGAGGCGGCUCAUUUGCUCGCGGAGGAGCGCAAGGCGGCGGCGGCGGCGGCUUCGGCGGCAAUACGACAGGCAGAGACGACCGGCCCAGUCGCCGCGGGCGCAGACGGCGGCGAGGCGACGACAGAGAGGGCAGGAGCGGACGCAGAAGGGAUGGCAAGGAGGAGGAGCAAGAGGAGGAGGAGACGGGCCUAGAUUCGUUCCCGAAGAUAAAGGCGUACCUAGAGAUGCGGGAGACGGGCGAGACGAUGACGUACAACCCGUCGCUCUCGCUCGAGUCGCUCGCGGGCUGGGGCCCCGGGCUCGCGACGUCGGCGACGCCGUUCGCGCACAGCGAGGCCGUGAUCCGGCAGUGCAGGGUCCUCGGCGGCGGCUACGCCUACGACCCCGCGCACCUCGUCGACCCGAACGUGCUGCGCAAGGCGUACGCCGAGGGCCCCGGCGUCUUCAUCGCGCCGUCGGAGGAGGCGCGGCAGUGGAUGGGCUCGGUCUUCACGUACAAGUACUACUGGCGAGGCGAGAAGGUCCGGAUAGCGAGGUUCCUCAAGAGGGCCCCCGAGGUCGGGACGGCGGUGCUCGAGGACGUGCUGCUGGGCAAGUACGAGGGGCCCAAGUACGUCGAUGCUACGAAUACGCUUGGUGUUUUGACGAGCUACGUCAAGAGGGAUAGUACGUGGAACGUGGCUGCUGAGAGGUCUCUCGAAGCGAAGGUUGCCGGUUUGAUUGCUCCGCCUGCUAAGCAGGGUGGUGCGAAGGAGGCUAGGGCUUGAUGGCUUGGAGGUUAGACAUGUCUACACUUCUAAAAACUCUGCUCUGCGAGGAUGGAAAUACGUGGAGUUCGAAAAGCCGGCUCUAGAUUAUAGCUCUAGCUACGUCUCCUCUCCGUAUCAUCACGAGAGGGGAUGUCUGUAAAAACACACGGUCUAGUGUACAUCUAAAUUAUACACAGAUAUACGAACCUUCAUCGAUUCCAUGGUAUCGAACCCCCUUUUGAUUGA